AUGAUGUUAAAAAAUAUUUAUAAAAUGAAUGACUUUGUUUAUUAUACUUCCAAUAAAGGUAUACAUUUUGAAAUAAGAAAAGCAAAUAAAAAUGAUUGUGAUAUGAUUUUUGGAUUAAUUCAGGAAUUGGCAGAAUUUGAAAAAAUGCCCCAUGAAGUUGAGAUGACAGUUGAAAAACUUCAAUCUGAUUUAAAAAAAGAAGCUUUUUUUUGUUUUAUUGUUACAACAAAAACUGAUGAAGGAAAAAUAGUUCCAGCAGGAAUGAAUCUUUUUUUCUUAGGAUAUUCAACAUGGAAGGGUCAGUUUAUUCAUAUGGAAGAUUUGUAUAUACGACCAAACUAUCGACGUAGUGGAUUAGGAGAAUUUUUAAUCAAACAUCUUGUUAAUUAUGCAUUAUUAAAAAAUAUUAAAAGAAUAGAAUGGGCAGUAUUAGAGUGGAACAUCAAUGCCAUUAAUCUAUAUAAAAAAAUUGGGGCUGUUGAUAUGCAUGAAAAAGAGCAAUGGGUUACAUACAGAUUAUCUGGUGAACAACUAAAAGCUUUAGUUUAA